AUGGCGGUAUAUGCACGUGAAAGGAAGAUAUAUUUCCUCCUUGUUGCCGUUGUUCCAAUCACAACUUUGGCAAAAGAGUACAUAGUUGGGGACGAAUCAGGGUGGACUGUUGGCUAUGAUUAUCAAGCUUGGGCUCAAGGCAAGGACUUCCAAGUUGGAGACAAACUAGUCUUCCAGUUUCCUGUUGGUGCCCACAAUGUGUUUAAGGUGAAUGGAACCGCCUUCCAGAACUGCACUGUGCCAUCAUUAAACGAGGCUUUGACUACUGGAAAAGAUACAAUUGUCUUAACAACACCUGGAAAAAAAGGGUAUAUUUGUGGAGUCGGCAAGCACUGCGAGGUUGGUGGCCAAAAACUUGCCAUAGUUGUGCAAUCUCAAGCUCCCGCUCCAGCUCCAAGCAUGGCACCUUCUCCACUCAGCGGUAUACCUUACAAGGAAACGGCUGCCAGUAAGAUACCAUUUAUCAACACUCCUCGGUGGUGA